UGUGUUUCUGUAGUGAACUUUGCCACGCAAUCAAAAAUAUGAUUUGGAUUAUUUAGCGCCCUUCGAUUGCAGGUAAUUUUUACCUGUUCUACUAUUCUAAAGAAACGAAUGAGAUCCUGUUGCACUACUUAACAAAUGCAGGCGUAUGACGUGAAGAGUUGACAUCAUGGUUAUAGUCACUAGGGGAGACUAUAUAUGGAUUGAGCCGGCAACUGGCAGCGAAUUUGAUGUGGCGAUAGGGGCAAAGGUCAUCUCAGCAGAAGGACGUCGUAUCGCGGUACGAAACGACGACGGUGAGGAACAAUGGCUUGCUCCCGAUCGUCGGAUCAAAGCAAUGCACUCCACCUCUAUACACGGGGUGGAGGACAUGAUUGGACUGGGCGACCUCCACGAGGCCGGAAUACUGAGAAAUCUCCUAAUACGAUACAACGAAAAUCUCAUCUACACAUACACUGGCUCGAUCCUAGUGGCCGUCAAUCCUUAUCAAAUACUGCCAAUUUAUACCGCCGAGCAAAUAAAAAUGUACAAGGAGAGAAAAAUCGGAGAAUUGCCCCCGCAUAUUUUCGCUAUCGGCGACAAUUCUUACAACAGCAUGAGAAGAUAUGGUCAGGACCAAUGCAUAGUUAUUUCUGGCGAAUCCGGUGCUGGUAAAACGGAAAGUACCAAAUUGAUAUUGCAAUACCUCGCGGCCAUAAGCGGCAAGCAUUCCUGGAUAGAACAGCAAAUCCUUGAAGCCAAUCCAAUCCUUGAAGCAUUCGGAAAUGCGAAAACUGUCAGAAACGAUAACAGCUCUAGAUUUGGAAAAUAUAUCGACAUACAUUUUAAUAAAGACGGGGUUAUAGAGGGUGCUAAAAUCGAGCAAUAUCUACUGGAAAAAAGCAGAAUUGUUCAUCAAAAUCCCGACGAAAGAAACUACCAUAUAUUUUAUUGUUUACUGGCCGGAUUAAGCAGGGAAGAAAAAAGAAAGUUGGAAUUAGGGGAUGCUAGUCAAUACAGAUAUUUAACCGGGGGAGGAAGCAUUACAUGCGAAGGCAGAGACGAUGCAGCAGAAUUCGCAGACAUCAGAAGCGCCAUGAAAGUUCUUCUAUUUUCCGACCAAGAAAUUUGGGAAAUAAUGAAACUCCUCUCGGCUCUUCUGCACAUGGGAAAUAUCAGGUACAAGGCCACAGUCGUCGACAACUUGGAUGCCACAGAAAUACCCGAUCCCACCAACGUGCAUCGAGUAGCUAAUCUUCUACAAGUUGAUGUGCAACCCCUUGUGAGCGCCCUCACAAGAAAAACUCUCUUUGCUCAUGGAGAAACGGUGGUGUCCACCCUUUCCCGGGAUCAAAGUGUGGACAUUAGGGAUGCUUUUGUUAAAGGAAUCUACGGGCGCUUAUUUGUUUUUAUAGUGAGGAACAUUAACAGUGCAAUAUACAAACCUAAAGAACGGCAGAGAACCGCUAUUGGAGUGUUGGACAUUUUUGGUUUCGAAAACUUCAAUCUUAAUAGUUUCGAACAGUUUUGUAUUAACUAUGCCAAUGAGAAUCUCCAACAAUUUUUUGUAAGACACAUUUUUAAAUUGGAACAGGAGGAGUACAAUCUCGAAGCCAUCAACUGGCAACAUAUCGAAUUUGUAGACAAUCAAGAGGCUCUAGACAUGAUCGCGAUAAAACCGUUAAAUAUAAUGGCAUUAAUUGACGAAGAAAGUAAAUUUCCUAAAGGAACCGACCAGACCAUGCUUGCCAAACUUCACAAAACUCACGGGCACAACAGAAAUUAUCUCAAACCGAAAUCAGAUCUGAACACGAGUUUUGGAAUCAAUCAUUUCGCUGGUGUGGUCUUUUACGAUACUCGGGGUUUCCUGGAGAAAAAUAGAGACACUUUUAGCGCUGAUCUACUUCAAUUGGUAGCUGCUUCUUGUAACAAGUUUUUACAACAACUUUUCAGCAACGAUAUCGGUAUGGGAUCGGAAACACGAAAAAGAACACCAACAUUAUCGACUCAAUUCAAAAAGAGUUUAGACUCAUUAAUGAAAACUUUAUCGAACAGUCAACCAUUCUUUAUCAGAUGCAUAAAACCCAACGAAUAUAAAAAGCCCAAUUUAUUUGAUCGCGAACUGUGUUGUCGUCAGCUGCGUUAUUCGGGAAUGAUGGAGACCAUACGAAUUAGAAGAGCUGGAUAUCCUAUAAGGCACAAUUUCAAGGACUUCGUCGACAGGUACAGGUUUUUAAUCCACGGAAUUCCACCAUCUCAUAAAACGGACUGCAGAAAAGCUACCGCAAAAAUUUGCGCCGCUGUUUUGGGAAAGACAGAUUAUCAACUCGGAAACACCAAAGUGUUUCUUAAAGAUGCCCACGAUUUGUUCUUAGAACAAGAAAGAGAUAGAGUCCUCACUAAGAAAAUUUUAAUUCUUCAAAAGGCCAUUCGUGGUUGGGUUUACAGGAGGAGGUUCUUGAGGCUUAGAGCUGCCACUAUGGUUAUCCAAAAGUAUUGGAAAGGCUAUGUUCAACGGCAAAGAUACAAACGAAUGAGAGUAGGCUACAUGAGGCUUCAGGCCCUUAUAAGGGCUCGUGUAUUAUCUCACAGGUUUAACCACUUGAGAGGCCACAUUGUCGGUUUGCAAGCCCACGCGAGAGGCUAUCUUGUCCGAAGAGAAUACGGACAUAAAAUGUGGGCUAUCAUUAAAAUACAAUCGCACGUGAGAAGAAUGAUUGCGCAAAGAAAAUACAACAAGAUACGCUUUGAACAUAAGAAUCAUAUAGAAGCACUAAGGUUAAAGAAAAAAGAGGAACGGGAACUAAAGGAUGCCGGUAACAAGAGAGCCAAAGAGAUUGCCGAACAAAAUUAUAGGGAAAGGAUGUAUGAGCUAGAACGUAAAGAGAUGGAACUUGAAAUGGAAGAACGAAGACGAGUGGAGAUGAAGAAGAAUCUCAUAAAUGAUGCUGCCCGAAAAGCAGAAGAGCCAGUCGAUGACUCAAAACUGGUUGAGGCUAUGUUCGAUUUCUUGCCGGAUAGUUCAAGCGAAGCCCCAACUUCUGGUCGAGAAACGUCCGUCUUUAACGAUUUACCGUCGCAGCCUUCGGAUUCAGAAAUAAUAAGUCCAAUGCAAGCAACUUCUGAAGACGAAGAAGAUCUAUCUGAAUACAAAUUCCAGAAAUUUGCCGCAACAUAUUUCCAAGGAAACGUUGGACACCAGUAUUCCAGGAAACCUUUGAAGCAUUCCCUAUUACCUCUACACACACAAGGUGAUCAAUUGGCUGCUCAAGCACUUUGGAUAACGAUUCUUCGUUUCACUGGCGAUCUUCCCGAGCCCCGUUACUCAACAAUGGAUCGCGAUAACACAUCCGUAAUGUCAAAAGUAACUGCAACACUUGGUCGUAAUUUUAUUCGUAGCAAAGAGUUCCAGGAAGCACAACUAAUGGGGCUCGAACCGGAGUCUUAUCUUAAACAGAAACCCCGAUCCAUUAGACACAAGUUGGUAUCUUUAACGCUCAAACGAAAAAACAAACUUGGUGAAGACGUCCGCAAAAAAUUACAAGACGAAGAAUACACAGCUGACAGUUAUCAUUCCUGGCUGGAAUCUCGACCAACUUCUAAUCUUGAAAAGCUUCACUUCAUAAUAGGACACGGCAUACUACGAGCAGAGUUACGGGAUGAAAUUUACUGCCAAAUUUGUAAGCAACUUACAAAUAAUCCUUCCAAAUCAUCCCAUGCAAGAGGCUGGAUUUUAUUAUCCCUUUGCGUUGGUUGUUUUGCACCAUCAGAAAAGUUUGUUAGCUACUUAAGGGCAUUUAUAAGAGAAGGUCCUCCAGGUUAUGCCCCAUAUUGUGAAGAAAGGUUGAAACGAACUUUCAACAAUGGCACUAGAAAUCAGCCACCCAGCUGGUUAGAACUACAAGCGACAAAGUCGAAAAAACCGAUUAUGUUACCCAUAACAUUCAUGGAUGGAAAUACAAAAACUUUAUUGGCAGAUUCAGCAACGACAGCUAGAGAACUAUGCAAUCAACUUUCGGACAAAAUUGGACUGAAAGAUCAAUUUGGGUUUUCUCUUUACAUAGCCCUUUUUGACAAGGUGUCUUCUUUGGGCAGCGGAGGAGACCACGUGAUGGAUGCCAUAUCUCAAUGUGAACAGUAUGCAAAAGAACAGGGUGCUCAAGAAAGAAACGCCCCUUGGAGACUAUUCUUUAGAAAAGAAAUAUUUGCGCCAUGGCAUGAUCCUUCCGAAGAUCAAGUGGCAACAAAUCUAAUUUACCAACAAGUCGUGAGAGGGGUAAAAUUUGGAGAAUAUCGUUGCGAUAAGGAAGAAGAUUUAGCCAUGAUUGCGGCACAACAAUACUAUAUUGAAUAUGGAUUGGAUAUGAAUUCAGAAAGACUUCUUACGUUAUUACCAAACUAUAUUCCGGACUACUGUUUAACAGGUAUAGAAAAAGCAGUAGAUCGCUGGGGAAACCUUGUGGUUCAAGCUUACAGGAAAAGUUACUAUUUAAAAGAAAAAGCUCAGUCUUUAAAAGUAAAAGAAGACAUUGUCAGCUACGCAAAAUUUAAAUGGCCCCUCCUUUUCUCUCGCUUUUAUGAAGCCUAUCGCAACUCUGGUCCAAAUCUUCCCAAAAAUGAUGUAAUAAUCGCUGUAAAUUGGACAGGUGUUUACGUUGUCGACGAUCAAGAACAAGUCCUACUUGAACUUUCAUUCCCGGAAAUCACAACAGUUUCCAGUCAAAAAACUAACAAGGUUUUCACUCAAACGUUUAGUCUUAGCACUGUUAGGGGAGAGGAAUUUACCUUCCAAAGUCCUAACGCAGAAGACAUUAGAGAUUUGGUGGUUUAUUUUUUAGAAGGUUUAAAAAAAAGAUCAAAGUUCGUUAUUGCAUUGCAAAAUUACAAAGCUCCAGGGGAAGGUUCCAGCUUUCUAACUUUCCAAAAAGGCGAUCUCAUCAUCCUGGAAGAGGACAGCACGGGAGAGACUGUCUUAAAUUCUGGCUGGUGUGUAGGACGAUGUGAGAGAACACAAGAAAAGGGAGACUUUCCUGCAGAAACAGUUUAUGUUUUACCCUGUAUGUCUAAACCUCCCUCUGACAUAUUGCAGCUAUUUAGUGUAGAAGGUGCGGAUCACGGAAGAAAAAUAAGUCAUCAUUCUCUAAAUGGAGUGGACCCUCGUGAUAAGCCUCACACUCUAGCAGAUUAUGCAAUCGAUCAUUUUCGACCUCCACUGAAACGAACUAUGUCGAAAUCCCUAACCCUGGCAUCAAGAAGGGGCUAUGAUGAUUUAUGGCGACAUUCCCGCGAACCGAUUAAACAACCUUUACUAAAAAAGCUUCUUUCCAAGGAGGAAUUGGCAGACGAGGCUUGCUUUGCUUUCAGCGCCAUAUUGAAGUACAUGGGAGACUUACCAUCUAAACGUCCCAGGUCCGGAAACGAGUACACAGAUCACAUUUUUGAUGGCCCUUUGAAACACGAGAUAUUACGGGACGAAAUCUAUUGUCAAAUAAUGAAGCAAUUAACAGACAACCAUCACAGAUUGUCAGAAGAACGGGGUUGGGAACUGAUGUGGCUGGCAACAGGCUUGUUUACCUGCUCACAAAGUUUAUUAAAAGAAUUGACUUUGUUUUUGAGAACUAGAAGGCACCCCAUAGCUCAAGACUCGCUUCAGAGGUUACAAAAGACAUUAAGGAAUGGUCAAAGAAAAUAUCCUCCCCACCAAGUAGAGGUAGAAGCUAUACAACAUAAGACAACACAGAUAUUCCAUAAAGUCUAUUUUCCUGAUGAUACUGACGAAGCAUUCGAAGUCGAUUCUAGCACAAGGGCCAAAGAUUUCUGUCACAACAUCAGCCAAAGACUGAAUCUUAAAUCGAGCGAGGGCUUUAGUUUAUUUGUUAAAAUUGCAGAUAAGGUAAUAUCAGUACCGGAAGGAGACUUCUUUUUUGACUUUGUUCGUCAUUUAACCGAUUGGAUUCGUAAAGCAAGGCCUGUACGAGAUGGUAUAAUACCACAAUUUUCGUAUCAAGUAUUCUUCAUGAAGAAAUUAUGGACGAAUACGGUACCCGGAAAAGAUAGAAAUGCUGACCUUAUAUUUCAUUUUCAUCAAGAACUACCAAAACUGAUAAGGGGAUAUCACAAAUGUACAAAAGAAGAGGCUGCUAAACUUGCAGCACUUGUAUAUAGAGUUCGAUUUGGGGAAAGUAAACAAGAACUACAAGCCAUACCACAAAUGCUACGUGAGUUAAUUCCAGCAGAUCUAGUCAAAGUUCAAAGUGCAAACGACUGGAAACGACAAAUAAUUGCGGCCUACAACCAGGAUGCGGGUAUGAGCCCUGAAGACGCUAAAAUCACCUUUCUAAAAAUUGUUUAUCGUUGGCCCACCUUUGGUUCAGCCUUUUUCGAAGUGAAGCAAACAACAGAUCCAAACUAUCCCGAAAUGUUAUUGAUAGCCAUAAAUAAACACGGCGUUAGUCUGAUUCAUCCUCAUUCAAAGGAUAUCCUAGUCACUCAUCCCUUCACAAGAAUUUCAAAUUGGUCAUCUGGUAACACAUACUUCCAUAUGACGAUAGGAAAUUUGGUACGUGGUUCGAAACUCCUCUGUGAAACAUCACUCGGUUAUAAAAUGGACGACCUCCUUACCUCAUACAUAUCCUUAAUGCUCACAAACAUGAAUAAACAGAGAAGCAUGCGAAUUAAAUAAAUAAUUGUACGUUAUUUAAUUUGUAAAAACAUUCAGUAUUUACUUAAGUCCGUCCAUUUUUAAUUAUAUUUAUAANC